GGGAGUAUGAGCGAGUUCCGCAUUCACCACGACGUCAAUGAGUUGCUCAGCCUGCUGCGCAUUCAUGGCGGGGAAGGAGCCGAAGUGUACAUCGACCUUCUGCAGAAGAACCGAACGCCUUACGUUACCACGACCGUCUCUGCACACAGCGCAAAGGUAAAAAUAGCAGAGUUUUCUCGAACUCCUGAAGAUUUUUUAAAGAAGUACGAUGAGCUAAAGUCUAAAAACACAAGACAUCUAGAUUCUUUAGUUUAUCUACUGUCAAAACUCACAGAAGACAAAGAGACACUCCAAUAUUUGCAACAGAAUGCUAAAGAAAGGGCAGAACUUGCAGCAAAUGCGGCAACCACUGGCAGCACAAAUUUCUCCAUGCCCACAUCUACUUCCAAGAUCUCUCUGCAGGAGCUCGAGGAGCUUCGCAAGCAGCUGGGCAGUGUCACAGCCAGCUCCACUGUACAGCAGUCUCUUGAGCUUACACGAAAAAUCCUCCGAGAUAAGCAGAAUAAGAAGAAUUCUGGACAGCCCAUUCCAGUAUUUCCAUCCUGGGUAUAUGAAAGACCUGCACUUAUUGGCGAUUUCUUAAUUGGCACCAGUUUAAGCACUGACACAACGGUACCUAUAGGUACUUUGCCAUUAGCCUCCCAAGAAUCCAUGAUUGUGGAGGACUUGCUGUACGUUCUGAUUGGUGUGGAUGGAAGAUACAUCACAGCACAGCCUCUUGUAGGCAGGCAGAACCGAACAUUUUCAGUUGAUCCAAACUUGGACUUGUCCAUCAAAGAGCUGGUGACCAGGAUUCUUCCUGUAGCAGCAAGUUACUCUGCUGUCACCAGGUUCAUAGAGGAAAAGUCUUCCUUCGAGUAUGGACAGGUAAAUCACGCUCUGGCUGCUGCUAUGCGGACUCUAAUCAAGGAAUACAUGAUACUGAUUACCCAGCUGGAACAUCUUCAGAGACAGGGACUUCUGUCACUGCAGAAACUCUGGUUUUAUAUCCAGCCCACAAUGAGGACCCUGGAGAUUCUUGCUUCACUUGCUACAUCUGUGGAUAAAGGUGAGUGUAUGGGAGGAUCAACCCUGAGCUUACUCCAUGACAAGACUUUCAAUUACACGGGGGACAGCCAGGCCCAGGAGCUGUGCCUGUAUUUAACCAAGGCAGCCAGUGUGCCUUACUUUGAGAUUCUGGAAAAGUGGAUCUAUCGAGGCAUCAUUAAUGAUCCAUACAGUGAGUUCAUGGUGGAGGAACAUGAGCUGCAGAAGGAGAAGAUUCAGGAGGACUAUAAUGACAAGUACUGGGAUCAAAGAUACACUGUUGUUCAGCAACAAAUUCCCUCAUUCUUGCAGAAAAUGGCCGACAAAAUACUAAGCACAGGGAAAUAUUUAAAUGUUGUGCGAGAAUGUGGACGUGAUGUUACCUGCCCUGUGGCUAAAGAGGUCAUCUACACUCUAAAAGAGCGAGCGUAUGUGGAACAAAUAGAAAAAGCAUAUAACUAUGCUAGCAAAGUUCUUCUGGAUUUCCUAAUGGAGGAGAAGGAACUGGUGGCUCACCUAAGAUCUAUAAAACACUAUUUCCUGAUGGAUCAAGGGGACUUUUUUGUUCACUUCAUGGAUCUCACAGAAGAGGAACUAAAGAAGCCUGUAGACGACAUCAUAACUACGAGACUAGAGGCUCUGCUUGAAUUAGCCCUGCGAAUGAGCACAGCCAACACAGAUCCUUUCAAGGAUGAUUUAAAGAUUGACUUGAUGCCCCAUGACCUCAUUACCCAGCUCUUGAGAGUACUGGCCAUAGAAACGAAACAGGAGAAGGCCAUUAUCAGCGCAGAUCCCACAGAGCUCACUCUCAGCGGUCUGGAAGCAUUUUCCUUUGACUACAUUGUUAAGUGGCCUCUGUCCCUUAUUAUCAACAGGAAAGCACUGACAAGAUACCAGAUGCUUUUCAGACACAUGUUUUAUUGCAAACAUGUGGAAAGACAGUUGUGCAACGUUUGGAUCAGCAACAAGACAGCCAAGCAAUUCUCCCUGCAUUCAGCUAAGUGGUUUGCUGGUGCUUUCACACUGCGGCAGCGGAUGCUGAAUUUUGUACAGAAUAUCCAGUAUUACAUGAUGUUUGAAGUGAUGGAACCAACAUGGCACAUUCUUGAGAAGAACCUGAAGUUGGCAUCUAAUAUCGAUGAUGUCCUGAGCCACCACACAAGCUUCCUGGAUAACUGCUUGAAGGACUGCAUGCUAACCAACCCAGAGCUGCUGAAGAUCUUCUCCAAGCUGAUGUCUGUCUGUGUCAUGUUCACAAACUGCAUGCAGAGGUUCACCCAGAGCAUGAAGCUGGACAGCGAGAUGGACCGGCUCACCUUAGAGCACGGCACAAUGCUGGGCCCGCCAACAGAAGAGGAGCGUGCUGAGGAGGCUGCCAAGAAGAAGAUGACUAACAAGCUUUUAGCAGAGCAUGCUGACCACCUCCACCUGACAUCUGGCUUCGAAGCAACGAUCAACAAGUUUGAUAGCAAUUUCUCAACACAUCUGCUGGACCUGCUGGACAAACUGAGCAUUUACAGCACCAAUGACUGUGAGCACAGCAUGCUCAACAUCAUCUACAGGUGA